CACAACUAUAUUCUAUAUAUUAUGCAUUCAUCCUUCAGCUGAUUCAUCUAAAAAGUAAGGCCAAAAAUAAUGUCAGAUGACAGUGAUGCCUUUGCUAGUGCAGAUGAAAGUAUCCAUAUUAGUGUUGAAGCGAACAACCCAGUGAAAAAUCAUCUACAGUCUAAUUUUAAAGAGAACGUCGAUAAUCACGACUAUAGUAAUCCAAAUAUUUUAUCUAAGCAACUUGCAAAUCCAGCGUCAUCGACAAAAAAGUCAAAUGUAGUUGAAUCAAGAAAGAAAACUGCCAAACAAACGAAAUUACAAUCUGUGCCCAAAAAGUUUGAAAAAGUUAAUGAAACACCGUUGAAUAUCAACUCAAAGAAAAAUCUUGGAGAAGUCACAUCUGUCGGGUUUAGCGCUAAUAAAAAUGAAAAACAUGACCAACAACUUUCAUCUUUCCGUCCUUCCAAAAAGUUUGAGGGGCCAGUAAAAUGUGUAAAAUCUAAAAUGGAGAGAGUAGGUUCAAAUGAAGGGAAUAAUUUCGUAGAUAAACGAAGUGAUUUUCCGAUCAGUAAUAAAGAGGAACAAGUUAUUAAUGAUGACACCAAUAAAUGCUCCAAAGUGAGCGAAUUCAUAACUGAACAACUCCCUGUAAUAGCAGAUAUUAUAAAUCCCAUCACAUCACUUCAACUUCAUUCUGAAACAGAUAAACUUUCGACAGUUGAAUCUUCAACAGAAGUAGAUUUCACAACUUCAGUUGCUCCAAACAUCCCACGUGGUCAGGGUAAUGGGAUGAGUUCACUUGUUGUGCUAGGGGAUGUAAUAAAAGGAAAUUCACCAUAUGACGAAGUACUAAAACGAAGAGUUGAAGUACAAUCUGGAGAGGAAAGCGAAAGGAAAGUAAUAUUAGAUACAUGGAACAGUGUUUGGAAUACAUCGUGGACUAAUGACGAUGACAAUCGAGAGGAAGAUGACGACAAUGAACAGAGUGGUGGCUGGGAAGUAGACUUUCUGGAGGAAUCAGGCGAUAUAUCUGAAUCACAGUCAAGCAACAUAAAUUACUCAAUGUUUAAAAAUUCGAAGAGUCUUGACUCAACUAACAAUUCUUCAUGUGGUAGCCAGAUUUCGUCAAACAUAGAAAAGCGCGAUGUAGAACAAAAGACAAGUAGCAGCAAUUUUUCAUGGGGUUGGAGUGGUCUAUCUUCAUUCGGCCAACAAUUGACCUCUUCACUACAAGCAACUAGUUUAAAUUUAGUACAAGGAGGUGUCGAUGUUCUGGAAUUAAUCGGACGUAAAACGAUGUCUGUAUUGGCUGAAAAUGAUCCUGGUUUCAACUAUACCAAAAAGUUUUUACGUCCACCAAAUGCUAUUAAUAAUUGUCCAAAUCUUUCUAAGUUGCUGCGUGAAGCUUAUGAAUUGCAUACAUCUACCGAAUCAAGUAGUCAAAAACCCAACAAACAAAAAUGCGGUGAUUUCACUCAUCAACUGGAGUGUUCUCGUGCAUUACUUCAUUUAGAAUCAUUGGAAUUAGUUAGUGAACAAGCCAGUAAUCAAUUACACACUCGUCUAGAUUCUUUAACAAUGGAUACUACUGAUAAUGAUAAUCUAUUUGAAGCAAUAUGGACUAAUUUAAAUUUGGAUGAAGUAGAAAAUGAUGAUACUGAUGACGAAUACGAUGUGGAUAAUCACGAUCGCAGCACUGCUGCCAACAGGAUUUCUCCAACAUAUAGUUCAUAUGCAUCGAUAAUGAAGAAAUUCAAAACUAAACUCCCUAACGAUUAUAAUCUUGACAAAGAUGAUAAAUCUGAUCAACAAUUGCCAGAGAAUUUAAGUAGUCGAACUGUUCAAUUAUGGUGCAAAAUAACUGAAACAUCUGAUUGUUUAAACUCAAUUUAUCCAAAUGGACGAUUUUUAGAAGCUAUAACUAAUGUUUGGAAAAUGUGCGACUUCGAUAAGUCGGAAAAGUUAUCGACUGAAGAAAUUUACUUUCAAUCCAUUUCUUCAUUGGCACAAUUCACUUCGGCCUAUUUAGAAUAUUUACAUAAAUUCUCUGAGUGUAUUUUAGUUCACGUACAUAAUACUGAUAUAGAUUUUGUAGAAUUAUCACAAAUCUUAGCUUGCUUCUUCCGAAUCUCUGUUGAAGCUCAAGCUUGCCUUUCUCAAGAAUUCAUUAGAAAUAUAAAAAGUGUAAGUUAGAUGGUCUUCAUCCCUUGUAUGUACCAUACUUUUCAGAAUUUUAUACUUUAUCACUGAAUUUUGAAGUGUAAUCUGUCGAUUAAAAUGAGUUAAGCCACUAAUCGCAUGUACCGAGUAUCGUUUAUUAUUACUAUAUCACGUCUAUUUGACGGCCACCGUUACCUGAAUAGCUCAACAGUAAUGUCUCUGAUUGUGACAGUAGUGUCAACGUACGUUUUAAUCUCACAGAAAUCACUUUUUUACAGUUUCCAGAUGCUCCUUGUCAUGCACCAAUUAAUAAGAAAUCUACUUCAAGUGAGAGAAUCCUGCCGAUCUCCUUCAGGCACAUGCAAGGUUAAAUUCACCUGAAGCCCUCCAGAGGUUACUGCCAGUCUCAAGUGUCGGUAGAGGAGCGGGAGGGUUGGUGUUAUGUUGUCUCUUAUUACAGCCCAGCUACUCUUGGACACUACUUUACUCGACAAGUCCCCCAAAUUAGAACACGGUUGAACAGAAACGUAGUCACAUUCCAAAUAAAAAGGGUCGAUGGAAGUAGGAAUCGCAAUAAAAAAGUCAG